AUGCACUUCUUGAGAUCGGCCGUUAGAGGCCAGUAAACCAUCGUGAUAAAACGCACAUGUAAACCCUGGUCCGUUUUAUUUUUUAAUAGCCUGAAUUACUUCGUGUGCUCUUGUGUUUUAAAGGUUUCAUGGUUUUCGAGGUGAGUGGAUGACAACGUGGGUAAACUGCGUGAAUGCAGCGCGAAUAAAAGCCGGUGGAGAUGCUGUGUGGAAUGAAGAGGGAAGCUGUCCGUGCAGAUGCCUGUUCAAAACACAGCAGACAUCAAUAAUUCGCUACCAAAAUAAUUCAGAAGAGCACGAUCCCCCUUUGAGUACUUGAACACGUUCAUGGAUCAAAGUGAGACAGGCAAAUGUAACCAGGGCGUGUUUCACUGUGAUCGGCGGUGAUCGAUUCUGCACAGGCCUGGUUCGUGUCACACAAGCCUGCAGUUUAUUUUAAAGAGGAGUCGACACCAUGAAUGAAGUGGAUUAUCUUGAUCAUAACAGAGCUGAGAGUCUGCAGUUUGAAGAAAAGCCGGACAUUAAACCUCCAGAUGUUGAACAGCUGCAGGACGCUGAUAUAAACCAAACCGCUGUAUUCCCCGCAGAUGUCCAGCAGAUGUUGGUGAUUAAAGAAGAGCUACCCUGGACCCCCAGUCUGGACCAGCAGAAUCUAGACCACCUCCACAUAAAGGAGGAGCAUGAGGAGCUGUGGAUCGAUACAGGGGGAGCGCAUCUUGCUGUUAGCACUAAGUGCACAUUGUCUUCUAUUUACAUGAAGUGUGAAGAUGAAAGAGAAGAAAAACCUCAGAUUGUACAGCUUCAUCAAAGUCAGACUGAAGACAAUGCAGAAGCAGAAGCUACAAACAGCAGCUCAGCUACAAAUAUCAACAAUGAAAUUGAUGAAAAGGAUUGUAGAGGACCAGAAAUCGCUGGGAACUCUAAUCCAAAUUUCCAUUUCCAACUAAAUGCUGUUGAGAAGGCCCCAGACUCUUCUGAAACAGACAUUAGUGAUGGAGAUGAUUGGCAGGAGCCUUUGUCUGAUGCUGGACCUGCAAACGAAGAUGGUGACAGUGGUUGCCCUAUACCUAAAUCAAACUUGAAAACUCUGAAAUCACUGAAAAGCAAGUGUUCUUUUCAGAGAAGGAAGACAUGUCAUUCAUUCAAAAGGCCUUAUGGCUGUUUGGCUAAUGAGAAAUUUAACAGAGUGAAACAAAGUGAAUUUUCAAAGAUGAUAGUCAACACAGGAGAAAAAACAUUUACCUGUGGUGUUUGUGCAAAAAGAUUUAAACAGAAACAAAAUCUGAAGACACAUAUGAGAGUCCACACAGGUGAUAAACCAUAUAACUGUGAUUUUUGUGGAAAAGACUUUAGACAUCACUAUAGUUUUAAAGUACACAUCAGAAUCCAUACUGGGGAAAAACCGUUUGUUUGUGGCAUUUGUGGUGAAAAAUUUAGAAAAAAGCAAAAUCUCAAACGCCACAUGAGGAUUCACACAGGAGAGAAACCAUUCAGCUGUGUUGUCUGCGCAAAACAAUUUACACAGCAGGGUGUUCUGAAGAGACAUAUGAGAGUUCACACGAGAGAGAAACCAUUUGGCUGCAAUCUGUGUAAUAAAAUGUUUACACAGCAGGGGGUUCUGAAGAGGCACAUGAGGGUGCACACAGGAGAGAAACCAUUCAGCUGUGGUGCAUGUGGGAAAAAGUUUGUGCAUCAACAUGACCUCAAAAUACACAUCAGAGUCCACACUGGAGAGAAACAGUUCAGCUGUCCUGCAUGUGAAAAGCGAUUUACUCAGCAGGGAAGCCUCAAGAGACACAUGAGGGUGCACACUGGAGAGAAACCAUUUGGUUGUAAUGUGUGUGGGAAAACUUUUACUCAACAGGGAAGUCUAAAUAGGCACAUGAGAAGCCACACACAGUAGAAAUUGUACUGGGUCUUAGUGCUAUUUGAAACAGUUUUAACCAACCAAUCUGUGUUCGUUAAACCUGAGAUGAGAUAAACUUGAGGAUUUCUGAUUCACAAAGAAAGUUAACUUAAACUGAGUGAGACUCUGUACACUAAACCUACUCACUGACAAGUUUUCUUUAACAAACUGACUCAUUUCUUUAUUCCAAAAGUUGCUAUCAAACCACUUGGUGGAGCAAAUGAAUUUAGACAAGUUUAUAUUUUAUAAACACUAAAAUGCUGAUUAGGUGUCAAUUCACUAUCUUUUUAUUUACCAUGAUGGCUUUUUAAUUUUUCAGUGGUCAAUUUGUAUGAGUGAAGAAAGUGAAUAUCUCACUUAUUUAUUAUCAGCUAAGAAUUAUAGUGGCUUGCAAAAGUAUUCGCCCCCCUUGAACUUCCCCACGUUUUGUCACAUUACAGCCACAAACAUGAAUCAAUUUCAUUGGAAUUCCACGUGAAAGACCAACACAAAGUGGUGUACA